GCCGCCCGCGCAUGCGCAGUGCCGCGCCUCGGAGCCGCGAUGGAGGGUGACAUCGCCGAGUCUCUGGACGACCUGGGCUACAAGGGCCCCUUGCUGGACGAUGGGGCGCUGGAUGUGGCAGUGGAGCAAGGGGCCACGAGCCCUGAGUUCACCAAAGUGUGCGCCUGGCUCACCACCGAACUCAAGGCCUUCUGCAACUUGGUAGAAAACGUCAAUGCCACCAACACCCCAGCGGAGGCAGAAACGUUCCAGUUGGAGAUGAGCGGCUUCCUGAAUGAGCUGGGUUGUGUGCAUUCCUCCCUUACCAGCGGUGAAGUAACAAAGCGUCUGCUCAACAAGCACAACUGCCUGCUCCUGCUGUCGUACUUGACAUCGGAGCUGCAGGCAGUGCGCAUGACAACCGCCCGAAGCCCACAAACACAGGCCAUGGCACAAGGCUCGGAGGUCUUCCAGGAACUCAAGAUUAUUUGCAUCAUCCUUGGAAUGUCUAAGCCUCCACCCAACAUCUCAGUCUUCCAGUUCUUCAGCGGCAUUGAGAAAAAGCUUAAGGAAGCCAUGGCAAAAGUAUCUCCAGCUCACAUAGGAAAGCCAUUGCUUAAGAAAACCCUUGGACCUGCUCACUGGGAAAAACUAGAAAUCAUAAACCAGGCACUUGUGAAUGAAUACGAGAUCCGCCGCAAGAUGUUGCUGAAGCGACUUGAUGUGACGAUACAGUCAUUCGGGUGGUCUGACAAAGCCAAGGCCAGACUGGAGGUGAUGGGGAAAGUGUACCUUCCAAAGCGGCAUGCACUAUUAACACAGUCCGGAAUCAACAUCGCUCACCUACUAGCUGCACGCGAGGACCUCUCCCGUCUCUACAAAACGAGCAGUGGGGAACAGCGCGAGCACACCUCCUGUGCCAUCAACAAGGUACUCAUGGGGCGUGUGCCAGACCGUGGCGGGAGGCCACAAGAGAGCGAACCUCCCCCUCCCGAGAUGCCAUCGUGGCAAAAGAGACCAGAUGGACAGCCCCAGGGUGGCAGGGGAGGAGGGCGUGGCGGCUAUGAUCAUGGCGGGAGGGGUGGUGGAGGGUAUGAGCGAGGUGGAGGAGGAUAUGAGCGUGGCGGUGGCCGAGGCGGGAGGGGGGGAGGAGGCUGGUCUGAUGGUGCGCACCACAAUGGUGAUCAGCCUGGAGGAGGAGGUUUUCACCGGGGCAGAGGUGGUGGCUAUCGAGGGGCCAGCAGGGGUGGUGGCUACAUGGGCCAGGGUGGGGGAGGUGGAGGCCUCACGGGCCAGGGUGGAGGAGCAGGUGGAUAUGCAGGCCAGGGCGGAGGAGGAGGUGGCGGAUACGCAAACCAGGGCGGAGGAAGUGGCUAUACAGGCCAUAGCAGAGGAGGUGGUGGAGGCUACGCAAACCAGGGUGGGGAUGGAACAGCAGGCUACACAAGCCAGGGGGGCAGUGGAGGAGGAAGUGGAUACACAGGCCAGGGCAGAGGGGGAGCAGCAGCCUAUGGUACCCAGGGUGGAGGAAGAGGUGGAGCAGGCUAUGGUUCGCAGGGUGGAGGUGGGUACGUGCCUGCUGGUGGAGGAGCUCCGCACGUCGACGCCGCAGCUCGUGGAGGGCGUGGAGGGCGUGGAGGCAGAGGUGGAGGUUGGGGACGUGGAGCGACAAACAACAGCACUGGUGGUGGCCAAUUCGAACAGUUCUUCCAACAAGGAGGUCAACAAUUCAACCAGACAGGCUUUACCCAGAGACAAUAUUAUAGCUAACAAGCACGUUUUGCUGCUUUCCUGCAGGGCUCUGAGCCUGCUGCAUAGGUUUUGCCACACAAUGCACAGUGAUAAUACAUUCAUGCUCAAAUGUGCCAAUAUCUGAAAGUCAUAUCGGGAGAUUCAUUGAGCAAAUACAAUUUUACUCCCUGUGAGCUUAUUUUCCCAUUUACUUUGGUCUAUACAUUUUAAUUUAAAGUUGAAUAAUGUUUAUUUGACCUUAAUGCUGUUUCUAAUUACCGUCUGCACAACAGACUGUGAAAUGGAAUGGGAAUUGCAUUGUUGGAUUUUAUGUUACCACUGUAAAAUGUGCAGUAAAGACGGUUUAAUUUCAUUGUUUUGAGACGGCAUUGCUCAUCCAAAUUCAAAUCUGCAGUGUAAUAUUUUAUCACUUGGCUAAAUGUGUUAUGCGUGAGAGACAUUGAAAGACAUGCACUUCAAAUAAAUAUCAUGGUAAGCAC